GGGUUCACAAAUAUUGAUGUAGGUCCUUUACUUUGGUGAAGCUCUUCUUCGGGCGAUCCCUCCAGUUUGAAAUGAUAACAAACUGCUGGGUGCACUCCUUAGCUGUUCGGGCAGCGUUUGUGGAGAGAAGGAAAAAAGUCAACGCCUCAGGUGAACUGGAACAGUAGUUACAGCAAAGUAAAUGGAAUGAAGCAGCAUGGGGAGUCUCAAUGAUCCAGAAGAUACCUACAUUGCGGUGAUUCGUCCAAAGAAUGCUGCCAGUUUGAAUUCCCGUGACUAUCGUACAAAGUCAUAUGAAAUUCUGUUGCUAGAGUUACAAAAUGAAGCCAAUGAAAAAAAGAGGAAGAAAGUUUUGUUGCAAACAAAACUGAAAAGAGAUGAAAAUAAAGGACAAGACAUACUCGACUUCAUAGUUGAAGCCACCAAGCUUACAUCUCCGAACAAUCAAGGAAUUAAAGGUAAACGUGUGGUUCGGAUCAAAGAAUUCCCUAUUCAAGGAGAGAAUCUUUGCAAAGUAGCUUCACUUUAUGUUGUGCCAGCAGCAAUCAAAGAAAACAGCAAGAUAUCCUAUUGCCUUGGAGUGCCAGGCUUUUACUGUUUCCAGGAUAUUAUGCGUGUGUGUAGUGAAACCAGUAAUCAUUUUUCUACCUUCAGUGCAAAAAUGUUGAUUGCAUUGGACAAGUGGAUGGCAGAGCAGCACACCAUUUCCAAUGCGAUUCCAGGUCUUUUUAGGCCAUCUCCUCUUGACAGAAUCAAGUCUUGUGUUGCAAACCCUGUUUAUGCCAAUGAAGUGGAUCAAUGUGAACAUACAUUACAUGUGGGGUACAAUGCUCUGGAGAUUAAAAGCAAAAUGAUGGCACUGGAGAAAGCUGAUCUCUGUAUCUACAAUCCACUUUUUGGGUCCGACCUACAGUACACAAAUAGGGUAGAUAAAGUCGUUAUAAACCCAUACUUUGGUCUGGGAGCUCCCGAUUAUUCCAAGAUACAGAUUCCAAAGCGUGAAAAAUGGCAGCGCAGCAUGAGUAGUAUCAUGGAGGACAAAGAGCGACAGUGGGUGGAUGAUUUCCCCCUGCAUCGCAGUGCCUGUGAAGGUGAUACAGAGUUAUUGAGCAAACUUCUGGAUAGUGGAUUUUCAGUUAAUCAGUUGGAUAGUGAUCACUGGGCACCGAUUCAUUAUGCUUGUUGGUAUGGAAAGGUUGAAGCUACUUGUUUCUUAUUAGAAAAGGGAAAGUGUAAUCCCAAUCUUCUCAAUGGACAACUCAGCUCGCCACUACAUUUUGCAGCAGGUGGAGGGCGUGUAGAGAUUGUGCAGCUUCUACUGCAACAUCCAGAGAUUGAUCGGCAUAUUGUGGAUCAGCAAGGAAGGACAUCAUUGCACGUCUGCACAGAAAACAAACAGAACGAUUGGGAAGCAACGGUACAACUCCUUACAGAUGUACUGAAUAAGCCAUAUGAGAAAGUUCGAAUUUAUCGUACCGAUGGGUCAUAUCGUGCUGUUGAACUGAGGCAUGGAAACAAUACAACAGUGCAGCAGAUUAUGGAAGGCAUGCGGCUCUCGCAGGAAACACAACAGUAUUUUACCAUCUGGAUCUGCUCUGAAAACCUCAGUUUGCAACUUAAACCAUACCACAAGUCUCUUCAGCACCUGCGAGAUUGGCCGGAAAUUGUUAUGGAAUUAACAUGCCUUGAUCCCCACUUGGAAAAACCACAACUUUUCCUGCGCAGGGACGUGCGACUUCAGCUAGAAACUGAGAAGAAGGUGGACGAUCCAUUGGCUAUCCUCAUUCUGUUUGAUGAGGCACGUAGCAGCCUGCUGAAAGGAUUGUAUCCUUGUGCUGACAGCCAGUUGAUAAUUCUGGCUGGUCUACUUCUUCAAAUCAUCUAUGGAAAUUAUGACAGUAAAAAACAUAAGCAGGGAUUCCUCAAUGAGGAAAAUCUCAAAUGUAUAUUACCAUGCACCAAACUGAAAAGCAAGGGGCCACAUUGGAUUGGUAGGAUUCUACAGGAGUACAAGAGCCUAAGCAGCCGUGAAGGAAUCAGUAAGGAGAUGCACCAUCUUCAACGCCUCUUCCUGCAAAUUUGCUGGGAAUUUCCAACUUACGGAGCAGCCUUUUUCACAGGACAAAUAUAUACCAAAGCUAGCUCAAGUGGUCAUAAAGUUGUCAAGGUCUACGUGGGCGUAAACACAAGAGGUCUGCACUUGGUAAACAUGGAAACUAAGGCUUUGCUGAUUAGCCUUAAGUACGGCUCCCUCGUGUGGCAGCUGGGUGAAGCAGAUGCCUACUUUCAAAUUCACAGUUUGGAAAAUAAAAUGAGUCUUGUUGUACAUACAAAGCAGGCUGGUCUCAUCGUGAAGUUACUGAUGAAACUAAGUGGCCAACUGAGUGUAAAUGAAAGAAAUUUGACAGAAAGACAUGCAUAUGGGUAACCAUUAAUGACUAGUAUGAGUUUUGUCUUAACAUAACUCUUGAAGUCCAAAUGUAGUUUGGCUUAGUAGAACACCGAGAACGAAAAUGCUAUCUAUGGAUGCUGUGGAUUUUUUAAUGUAUAUUUGUAUGAUAAAGAAGAA